AUGUCAUCAGAUUUGCAAAUCCUGCAGGCGUUCACCAGGCGGUGUGGCACCAAAGUCUUCUAUGCGGAUGUGGUGACAAUUCAAUUCGAGGAGGUCGAAGGACAUGACGCCUUGGAAAAUGUUGUCCCGACAUCUCCGAAAACAUCGGCAGGACCGCGCUUUGGCCCACCGAAAAAGGCUUACCUUUGCGUUGGACAGUCCUGUCUAUGCUUGUUAGCCAGCAGCAUGUCGAGACGACUCCAAGCUUUCAAUGGGCAGGUUGAUUAUGCUUGGAUGGAAAAGGUCGCAGUGGAUGCCAGCAGCAGGACUAAGUUCUUAGUGGCCCUCAGCCUCUCCAAGGCGCAAGACCCCGAGGUUUCAACGCGUUGCUUUCCGGCGCUUUCUGCCUCGCAGUUCCAGGUCAAAGCCUCACUCAAUUCCUUUUACAAGAGACCUUCGCAGUUCAUUGUCGAAUCCGACGAUCGAGAUGAACUGCUGAAGUUGAUCUCCACGUAUUUCGUUGCUGAUGGGCUCCAUCGGCAUGGGAAGUUCGAGUCCCUGCCGCGCUUCCAACAUGACCUGGGGACCAGUCCCGCUCCAAGCAGUAUUGUUCCACCAACAGGGUACAAGAAAGCGAGCUUCCGCAACUACACUUUCUUUAUCAGGAAAGACUUUCAAGACGUGCCAAAUGCUGUUUCAAAGGCGGCCACUGGGCACUUCUCCAUGGCCGCCUCCAAACUCUUCGACAGGACCUUUAGCUGGUCGAGCUCUCCAGGUGAUGUCGAGCUGCUGGUUUCUGUGGUUGAUCCGCUACCUCUUGCCAGUCUUCGACCUCUGGGGCGUGAGCAUGUUCGUUGGGUGGCCCUCGAGUGCAAACAGUCACUACUCAGGUCAUGGAAUGCACGGGUGGUUCACAACCGACCGUACAUGAAGAAGAUGCCAUUCACUCAGUGCCCAGCUCGAAUGGUCCAAUAUGGUCCAAUCAAAAGUCAGCUUGGUGAGCUUGGUUAUGUGGGGAAGACCAUUUGCGACUUCCUGGCAACAUUCGCCGAUGAAAAAGUCUUCGAGGAAUUGUACUCAGAUGGAGCUUCGGUGCGAGUGAUCUUCAGGGAGGCAUUGCCUCCAGUUGCACAGCAGUUCGUUAUGCGUUUAGCUUUUGGUGGAGCCAGACCAUUCCAAGAGGCGAUCUUUCGGAAGUGGUGCCGCGGUGCUGCCUUUGGCUCGAGUUUGCAGAUCCUGCAGCGCUUGCAGAUUCUACGGCUGGCGCAGGUUGCGCAGGCUGGAGCGAAAGGGCAGGUCUUCAUGCUGCACAAAAAGUUCCAAGUUACCUUGGUGAAUUAUUUGAAAUUUGGUAUUGGAGAAAUUGCUGGAGAACAUCCCGAUUCGCGACUUGAAAAACUGGACGGAGUUUCUGAGGCAGAUCUCCUGCACCAUGCCGUCAGCUGCUGGGACGCUUUCCUGGAGGAGUUGACCUCGGAAGCUUCGGAAGCUCCAGAUGGCGAUGCUGGCGAUGCUGGCGAUGGCGAUGGCAGAUCCGAAGUGAUGACACUGGCGACUGCGUUGCAGCUGUUGCAGCCAGGUGAAAAUCAAAAUCGGAGGUUGGCUUUGACCUCGCAAGGCUUUCAAUUUAUUCUGGAUGAACGUCAGCAGCAACUGUGGUCUUUGAUUUUGAUGUGCUUGAAAAAGUCGGGAAAAGACCAGGCUGUGAAUGCCUUGAAAAUGAUCUUUGCACUCGGUGAGCUGAAGCUGGGGCAGCGACUUGUUUCUCAAGAUUCUCAAGGCAAAUGCGGACAGUUUCUGCAACUGCUUCAGGAGCUUGGCAUUCUCUAUGCUUCGAAGGAUUCGAAGGAAUCGAAGGAUUCGAACACUGCUUCGAAGGCUUCAAGAACCCAUCAAAACCAUGAGAACUUUUACGUCACACCCGCAGGGCUUGCGCUCUUCAAGAAAGAUUCGAGCGCAACGCUGUCACGGAUCACUGGAAGCUCUGAUGAAGACCAGGGUAUCAUCGUGGAAAGCAACUUCAAAGUCUACUGCUACACGAGUCAAAGUAAUGAAAGUAACCGCAAUGCAGAUCGACCCGGAUCCAGUUUGCAUGUGAAACUGUUGAGUUACUUCUGCGAAAUCUUCUUGGAACUCCCAAAACUUGUGGUGGCUCAGUUGACGGCUGAUUCCAUUUUGAAAGCCUUGAAGCGUGGAAUUCGAGUGGCCAACAUCGUGCGUUACCUUGAGGCAGCUGCACAUCCACGCAGCACUUUGCCAUCCAACGUGAAAGGGCAACUUGAGGUGUGGGAGUCCAGCCGGUCUCGAGCGGCGACUUCUCCUGCAGUCCUCUUCGAGUGGCAGCCUGGCGACUCCGAUGACACGUUUCUGCAAGCUGAGCAACUUGCGCGGGACACAGGAAGUCUCCUGUGGUCCAGACGACGAGCAUUUGAUCUUCCACCGGUGCUGGUGGUUCAAGCAGGUCCUUCUGUGCAGCAGAUCAGGGACUUGGUGAAACCUUCGAAACCUUCGAAACCUUCGGCUUCAACGACUUCCAAAGGAAAAGCCUUUGCUUUCCGCUUGAAGCCUGAGGGAAACGCUUCCAUGGACCUUGAUUGA